CGAACAAAAGGGCAUAGACCUGUAAUUUCUUCAGGAAGAUUUGCAAUAAACUAUAAAAAACAUGGCUCACAUCAGUAUGAAUCUGUCGGUCCUCCUGCUGACAGUGCUUGCAGCAAUGGUGAUCGCCAAUUCCGAACCGAACAUCAAAGGUGCUCCUGAGCCUGUUACUGACAGCAUUACUGUUUCUACAACUCCUUCAACAUGCGUUCAGACCUGCAUUGCCACGUGCUCAUCUACCACAUUGGCAGCAACCACGAUGAUGACCACUGGCUCUGCAACUGCAACAGAGGGGACGACAGCGGUAGCUUCGACUCAAGCCCCCACAGAUCCUGUAACACCAACAACCUCAGAUCCUGUAACAACACAAAAUACCAUAGAUCCUGUAAACCCAACAACCUCCGAAGUAACAACUAGUGCUGCCACUCAAGCUAUCACGACUGUUCCAACCACCGAAGUAACAACUGAUGCUACCACUCAAGCUAUCACGACUGUUGCAACCACCGAAGUAACAACUGAUGCUACCACUCAAGCUAUCACGACUAUUGCAACCACCGAAGUACCAACGGAUACACCAACUGAAGCUAUCACAACUAUUGCACCUACCGAAAUAACAACUACUGCUCCCACUGAAGCUAUCACGACUGUUGUACUCAACGAAGUAACAACUAUUGCUCCCACUGAAGCUAUCACGACUGCUGUACCCACUGAAGUAACAACUGAUGCUACCACUCAAGCUAUCACGACUGUUGCAACCACCAAAGUAACAACUGAUGCUACCACUCAAGCUAUCACGACUGUUGCAACCACUGAAGUAGCAACUGAUGCUACCACUCAAGCUAUCACGACUGUUGCAACCACUGAAGUAGCAACUGAUGCUCCCACUGAAGCUAUCACGACUGUUGCAACCACCGAAGUAGCAACUGAUGCUACCACUGAAGUUAUCACGACUGUUGCAACCACUGAAGUAGCGACUGAUGCUCCCACUGAAGCUAUCACGACUGUUGCAACCACCGAAGUAGCAACUGAUGCUACCACUGAAGCUAUCACGACUGUUGCAACCACCGAAGUAGCAACUGAUGCUCCCACUGAAGCUAUCACGACUGUUGCAACCACCGAAGUAGCAACUGAUGCUCCCACUGAAGCUAUCACGACUGUAGCAACCACUGAAGUAGCAACUGAUGCUCCCACUGACGCUAUCACGACUGAUGCAACCACCGAAGUAGCAACUGAUGCUACCACUCAAGCUAUCACGACUGUUGCAACCACCGAAGUAGCAACUGAUGCUCCCACUGAAGCUAUCACGACUGUUGCAACCACCGAAGUAUCAACUGAUGCUCCCACUGAAGCUAUCACGACUGUUGCAACCACCGAAGUAGCAACUGAUGCUACAACUCAAGUUAUCACGACUGUUGUACUCAACGAAGUAACAACUAUUGCUCCCACUCAAGCUAUCACGACUGUUGCAACCACUGAAAUAGCAACUGAUGCUCCCACUGAAGCUAUCACGACUGUUGCAACCACCGAAGUAGCAACUGAUGCUACCACUCAAUCUAUCACGACUGUUGCAACCACUGAAGUAGCAACUGAUGCUCCCACUGAAGCUAUCACGACUGUUGCAACCACCGAAGUAGCAACUGAUGCUACCACUCAAGCUAUCACGACUGUUGUACUCAACGAAGUAACAACUAUUGCUCCCACUCAAGCUAUCACGACUGUUGCAACCACUGAAGUAGCAACUGAUGCUCCCACUGAAGCUAUCACGACUGUUGCAACCACUGAAGUAGCAACUGAUGCUCCCACUGAAGCUAUCACGACUGUUGCAACCACCGAAGUAGCAACUGAUGCUACCACUCAAGCUAUCACGACUGUUGCAACCACUGAAGUAGCAACUGAUGCUCCCACUGAAGCUAUCACGACUGUUGCAACCACCGAAGUAGCAACUGAUGCUACCACUCUAGCUAUCACGACUGUUGCAACCACCGAAGUAGCAACUGAUGCUCCCACUGAAGCUAUCACGACUGUUGCAACCACCGAAGUAUCAACUGAUGCUCCCACUGAAGCUAUCACGACUGUUGCAACCACCGAAGUAGCAACUGAUGCUCCCACUGAAGCUAUCACGACUGUUGCAACCACCGAAGUAGCAACUGAUGCUACCACUCAAGCUAUCACGACUGUUGUACUCAACGAAGUAACAACUAUUGCUCCCACUCAAGCUAUCACGACUGUUGCAACCACUGAAGUAGCAACUGAUGCUACCACUCAAGCUAUCACGACUGUUGCAACCACCGAAGUAGCAACUGAUGCUACCACUCAAGCUAUCACGACUGUUGCAACCACCGAAGUAGCAACUGAUGCUCCCACUGAAGCUAUCACGACUGUUGCAACCACCGAAGUAGCAACUGAUGCUCCCACUCAAGCUAUCACGACUGUUGCAACCACCGAAGUAGCAACUGAUGCUCCCACUGAAGCUAUCACGACUGUUGCACCCACCGAAGUAACAACUGAUGCUCCCACUCAAGCAACAACUAUUGCUCUCACUCAAGCCAUCACGACUGUUGCACAGGAGGUGACUACCACUUCUGUUGCGACAACCAGCGACACAACCAUUGCCCCUGCUGCUGUUAUAGAUGCUUGCGUAACCGCCUGUUCUCCCACUGAGGCCAUAGACACUUGUCGCCAAAUCUUUGACGCCCUUGAUCAGACGAUGUCAGCGUUGUUCUGCGAUGGUCUAGCCGCAGCAGCAGCAGCUGCAAUCUGCACGACUUGUACUAUCACUAACAUUGUCUAAAUGACAAAGCGUUUUCCAUUCGAAAUAAUACCUCGCUCGUGAUCCAUCGCUUUUUUUUUUUUGCUUUCUUAGUUCUUUGCCUUUUUUCGGGGAAGGGGGUGUAGAUUUUUUUCAUGAUUAAUCUUGGUUUA